AUGGAAACAUCCACCUCAAGCACUGCUGGGAAAAAAGAAGGGAAGAACACUCUUCUGGAGGGCAAUGGGUUUACUGACACAGGGAAGAAAACAGCUCCUUUAGCAGCAGCGGCGGCGGCGGCAGCACAAGGAGUUCCACAGCAUAUUUUUCCAGCCUUCCAUGCUCCUUUGCCAAUUGACAUGCGUCACCAGGAAGGAAGAUACCAUUAUGAACCUCACUCCAUCCAUGCAAUUCAUGGACCUCCUGCUCUGAGUGGUAGCCCUGUUAUCUCUGACCUCUCUCUCAUCCGCCUCUCUCCUCAUCCUGCGGGACCUGCAGAAUCACCUUUCAACCCUCCCCAUCCAUACAUGAACCCUCACAUGGAACACUACCUCCGGUCCGUGCACAGCAGCCCUACGCUGUCCAUGAUCUCUGCUGCUAGAGGUCUCAGCCCAGCUGACAUAGCACAUGAGCAUCUGAAAGAAAGAGGUCUUUUUGGCCUUCCCCCUCCUCCACCAGGAGCCAACCCUGCGGAUUACUAUCACCAGAUGACGCUCAUGGCCAGCCAUCCAAAUCCUUACGGGGACCUCCUCAUGCAGAGUGGGGGAGCUGCCAGUGCAACGCACCUUCAUGAUUACCUCAGCCCUGUAGAUGUGUCAAGAUUCUCCAGUCCAAGAGUGACACCAAGAUUAAGUCGAAAGCGAGCGUUUUCCAUAUCCCCAUUGUCUGAUGCCAGCAUUGAUCUUCAGACAAUGAUUCGGACUUCCCCAAAUUCCUUGGUGGCUUAUAUAAAUAACUCCAGAAGUAGUUCUGCAGCAAGUGGCUCUUACGGGCAUUUAUCAGCAGGGGCAAUAAGUCCAGCAUUCACCUUCCCUCAUCCAAUCAACCCAGUGACAUAUCAACAGAUCCUGAAUCAGCAGAGAGGCCUGAGUUCAGCAUUUGGACAUACAUCUCCCUUCAUCCAGCCAUCCCCUACAUUCCCUGCCCGGCAGCAUGUGGCAGUCAUCUCUGUCAAUUCUACGCCUGCUCAGAUUAGCAACAGCAGCAACUGCAUAGCUGAUUCCAACCAGAGCAAGCAGAGCAGCGAGUCAGCUGUUAGCAGUACUGUCAAUCCAAUCAUUAACAAACGCAGCAAAGUCAAGACGGAAAUGGAAACUUUGCCACCGGCUUCCCCACCUACUCAGCAGCAGGGAAAUGGCCAUUUAAACUGCGGAAUGCUUUGUAUCUUACAGGAGCAUCUGACAGACUUGAAAGAAGAACUUGAUAAGGAUGAAUGCAAACAGGAGCCUGAAGUUAUUUAUGAAACCAACUGUCACUGGGAAGGGUGUACAAAGGAGUAUGACACUCAGGAGCAGCUCGUCCAUCACAUCAAUAACGAUCACAUUCAUGGAGAGAAGAAGGAGUUCGUUUGUCGAUGGCAAGAGUGUACAAGGGAGCAGAAGCCAUUCAAAGCUCAGUACAUGCUGGUCGUGCAUAUGCGAAGGCACACUGGAGAAAAGCCACACAAAUGCACGUUUGAGGGUUGCUCCAAAGCCUAUUCCCGGCUAGAGAAUUUAAAGACACACCUGAGAUCUCACACUGGAGAAAAACCUUACGUCUGUGAACAUGAAGGCUGCAAUAAAGCUUUUUCGAAUGCUUCUGACCGAGCAAAACACCAGAACAGGACGCAUUCCAAUGAGAAACCCUAUGUCUGCAAAAUUCCGGGCUGCACAAAGAGAUACACAGACCCCAGUUCCCUCAGGAAACAUGUGAAGACUGUGCAUGGACCAGAGGCACAUGUCACCAAGAAACAGCGCAAUGAUGUUCACCUGAGACCGCCUGCACUUAAAGAAAAUAGUGACAAUGAAGCAAGUGCCAAGCAGAGUGGCAAAGCUGCAGAAGAGAGUACAGAGGCAAAUAGCACCACCAGAGGGAUGGAGGACUGUUUACAAGUCAAGACAAUAAAGACAGAGAAUUCCGUGAUGUAUCAGUCCAGUCCUGGUGGCCAGUCAUCAUGCAGCAGUGAGCCAUCACCCCUUGGGAGCACCAACAACAAUGACAGUGGAGUAGAAAUGAACAUGCACAGUGGAGGAAGUCUGGGAGACCUGACCGCAUUGGAGGAUGGCACACCUGUUGUGGACUCGACAGUUUCAUCUGGAAACGUGACAGUCAGCCUUCAGCUAAGGAAACACAUGACGACAAUGCAACGCCUUGAGCAGCUCAAGAAAGAGAAACUCAGGACGGUGAAGGAUUCUUGCUCAUGGGCAAAUCCGGCACCUCCAGUUAGAAACACCAAGCUGCCUCCCAUCCCAGGCAAUGGCUAUCCACUGGACAACAUGGGUGGUUCUUCUGCAGCACUGCCUAACCCAAGGAUGACAGAGUUGCCCAUCAACGAGGUUACAAUGUUAAAUCAACUAACUGAACGCCGUGACAGCUCAACCAGCACCAUCAGCUCCGCCUACACGGUCAGUCGCAGGUCAUCUGGGAUAUCCCCUUACUUCUCCAGCCGCCGUUCUAGUGAAGCAUCACAAUUUGGAAACCGUCCAAACAACACAAGUUCUGCUGACUCCUAUGACCCGAUUUCCACAGAUGCGUCACGCAGAUCAAGUGAUAUCAGCCAAUGUAGUGGGAUCCAAGGUCUUCUGCACCUUACACCAGUUCAGCAGUACAGGCUGAAAGCUAAGUAUGCUGCUGCCACAGGUGGCCCGCCACCCACACCAUUGCCUAAUAUGGAAAGAAUGAGUCUAAAGAAUAAAAUCUCCCUUCUUGAUGGGUCAGAGCCCACUUUGCCUUCAUUUCGCCACCUUCCUGGGCCAAGGCGUUGUAGUGACAGUAACGCUUAUGGAUAUGGAGCACCACCUGCAUUCCCUCAUGAAGUGGUGGGCAAUAAUGCACGGCGUGCCAGUGACCCAGUGAGGAGACCUGCUGGAGACCCUUCUUCCCUUCCUAGAGUCCAUCGUUUCAAUAGCACCAACAACAUGAAUCCUCUUCACUCUCCUUUGGACAGAAGGAACUUUAACAUUUCAAGCUAUACACAUUCAGAUGGAAGCCUCACCAGGCACAUGUAUUCUCCAAGGCCACCCAGUAUUACUGAGAAUAUUGCUAUGGAAGCCAUCUCUGGUGAGACUGAUGGUUCUGUUGGAGAUGAUGAUAUAGUGCUACCUGAUGAUGUGGUGCAAUAUAUCAAAUCACAAAACAACGGGAUGGCUGCUGACAACUCUUCUGUGGGGUAUGGUAAUGAGAUGCAGAGCUUCCAAGUGAAUGCACAAGUCCAACCAAACAGCAUGCUAAACCAACGCAGAAUGGCUGUCUCAGAUGUGAGCAUGAACCAUUCCACUCCAGUGAUGGGAGGGUGUCAAAUAAACUUUGGUACAUCCUCCAGUUUGUGUAAAAACAACAUGCCUGUCCAAUGGAAUGAGGUUAGCUCAGGUACUGUUGAUGCAAUCUCUGCUCAAGCAAAGCAGCAGUUUUCACCACGGAACUUAGCUGUAGUCCAACAGAAGCACAAUUUCAACCAGUAUCAGAAUUUCAGCCAUCAACAGAUGCAGAUGGGUCAAAACAUGGGUGCAAACCUACAACAGUUUAUGCACAAGAAUGCAGGCAUGGAUGGACAAAAGUUAAACUGCAUGCACUUAAAGCAGCAACAAGCAAAUCUAAGUCCUAAUAACAAUCCAGAUUUGAACUCACAUGAAGGGUAUAGCCAGGCUCAUCAAAUGCUGAGCCCAAACACAAUGAGUAGUGAUCUCAAUCAGCUUUCCCCUUCCUGUAACAACAUGAUAAUGAAGCCUGCAUCCCAUGUUCAUCCUCAGCCAAUGGAUGCUAUGGCUGAUCCAAAUUCUGUAGUCAGUGGCAACAGAGAAUGCACAAUACACAAUCAGGUGAUACAGGAGCCAGGGCAUCAGCCAACCCACAUGAACUUCUCCGUGGCACAGGAAGUGUUCCAUCAACCUUCUGCAAUGAUGACCUCAAAUUUGACAAAUUUUGAGCCACAACAGGUUAUGAUAGAGACAUUUGAACAGGGCUUCUCUUCUGGUGUAGUACAGCCUCAUCCUCCACCUAAUCCCAGUCCAGCAAACAGAUACCGAGGGAUACGUGCUAUGCAACAGUUGGGUUACAUGAGAACAUCUCGCCCAUCUACCAAUGUGAGCCCAGGGCAAGACAGGGCAGAAGCCACCCCUAAGAGAAUAACAGCAUCAUCUCAGCCUCAGUAUUGCAAUAGUAAUAUGAGGGACAGCCAUUUGAUGCACUAUUAUGGUCAAAUACACAUGUAUGAACAGAAUGGGAAUUUUAAUAACCAUGCAGAUUAUAGUGUAAGACAGCAGCAGUGUGCGUUGAAUGUCAAGCCAGGCACCAUGCCCUCUCCUGGAGCUAAUCAGGUUUCAAGCACUGUGGACUCACAGGUUCUAGAGCCUCCUCAGAUAGAUUUCGAUGCCAUCAUGGAUGAUGGUGACCAUUCAAGUCUGAUGUCAGGGACCCUGAGUCCUAGCAUUCUGCAGAACCUCUCCCAGAACUCUUCUCGCCUUACGACUCCCCGAAACUCUCUGACGCUGCCAUCCAUCCCAGCUGGAAUUAACAAUAUGGCAAUAGGAGAUAUGAACUCUAUGUUGACCACCUUGGCAGAAGAGAGUAAAUUUCUUAACAUGAUGUCUUAAUGCUUAAAGCACAACUGUCUAGAAGUAUCCCAGAGAUUACAUGCGAAGCAAUUUUAUGAAUGUGCUUUUUUAAAAAAAAAAUCCAUAGAGUAGAUUUUUUACAAGUAUUAAAUACAUUAAAGGGAUUCCAUAUAAGGAAACAAAUGUCUUUGUACAAACAUGUAUAAACUAUGUAAAAGAAGCACUGAAAGAAUGCACCUCUCUCUAGUAUUAUUUUUGUGCUUGUUUUUCAGAGUGCUCAAAAAUACCACCACAGUGCUAGAACAUACCUCUCAAGUGUCUCUUCUUGUAAAAGAUAAGCCACAUUCGGCAUCUUUUUAAAAAUGAGAUGUCCUUGUCCGUUUUCCCUUAUUCAGACUUUCAGAUGUUUUCCACUUUUCAACUUGGAAAACAGAUGCAAUGUUGCCAAAUGUAGAACACUAGAGAGUUGUACACUAAAAUAUUGCACAGUGGUGUUACAGAUGAAGCUCUGUAUCUUGUAAAAAGCACAUUUUGCCAUCUCCUUUUGAUUUUCCUUUAGUUAUUGCUGCAAAAAUGCAAUUUUUCACCCUCUCUAGUGACAAACGGACGGGUAUCAUUUUGACCUAAAUGCAAAAAAGCCAUACUGUGUCUGCCUGAUGCUUUAAUGCUUUGCUUUUUGGCCCGAACUGUGCAUGUGUACGCACUGCAUUGUUUAUAGAGCCAAUUUAACUGUUGGUACCUUGCAGCUUAGCCAAGAAGCAUCAGCUCCUGAACAGUUUUGCAGCAAAGUGCCUUAUUGUGUGUUAGCUGUCGAAUCAUCAAGGCAUCUCUUGUCCAUUAAUGUCAAAUAAAGUGUAUUGCCAGAAGCAUAUAUAAAAUAAAGGUACAUUUAUAUAAGGCAUUGUAAUGUUGCUAAAAAGACAUUUGAGGGGGUCACAUUGAUGAGGAGACGAUGUGAAAGAUUAAUGCCCCAUUUCUUUUUAUCAGAGGAUUUUUACAAGGUAGUUUAUAUCAUGAAGAAUGUAGUGGAGUCUUGAAAAUGCCGCUAAUUUAAAAAUAUGUCUAGUAGGAGAAAGGUCUUUGCCAUGCAUGGCAUACGAUGGCAUGUUAAAGAGCAUGGGUCAUUCUUCAUUUCCUUUGACUUCACAUUGGAGUUGAAGGGGCAAAGAGGCUGGCUGCAACAAAGUUCACUAAUAGGAGGUAAAUCACAUGAUGCUGCAGAAAUUUUGUGUAGGUCACAAAUUCAUCUCACAAUUUUUUUUCCAUCCUGAAGACCUUGUCUGUGUUAGUUGUGUACUAUAUAAAUUACUUAUUGUGCAUAUGUGUGGCACAGGAGUAAACACUGGCUUAGGUGUGGGCUCAGAAAGUUUGCUAGGUGGCCUUUGGCAGUCAGUAGCUCUCAGCCUUGCUUCCUUCACAAGGUUAUCAUAUAACUAAAACACUGAUCACGUAUCCUUGAAGUGAGGGCAGGAUACAAGGAUAACAAAAACAAUGACUUAGAUCCUAUGUAGCCUGAGUAGAGUUGCCCCUCAUAAACAGCAAUAGUUCCACCUCCUGCCUCCCACGGCAGUUGUCUUUGACCCUGAAAAUUGUGUGUGUGUGUGUGUGUGUGUGUGUGAGUGUGAGUGCGAGUGCGAGUGUGAGUGUGAGGUUCCAGUGAGAGGGCAGAAUUUGCAAAAAUCUUCCUCCCCCAGUUCCAUAAGUGGAAGUAACUAGAAUGAGUGGAAAGUAAAUAGCACAAAUAAGAAAGAGUGCUGAGACUCCAAGCCAAUAGCUACUUAAGAUUAAUGCUGAACACAUGUCAGUGUUGUCUCACAAAACCUAGGUCUGUGCAAAAUACAUGGCAAUUGUGUAACUGGACACGUAUUAAUAUUGUUGCCCACCCCAGUGGUCAUACGAUUGUGAAAUAGCUGCUGUUUGUAUACAUACCAACACAAAUGAAUAGACAUUUCCUCAUCCUCACUGUUUGUGAUUUCUGUUGUAAAAGUGGCAUGAGAAAGUAACUUGCACACCUUCUUCAGCUUGGAUUGCACAGUUGUAAAAGAACUGACUCCCGAGAACUAUGUUCCUCUUUUGUUCCUCAAGGAUUGGGUAUCAUAUAUAUCAUGUUAGCAUCCAAAAUAUAAUUAAUAUGAAUGAAUUAUUUUUACACAUUAAUCUAAUUCAAAGCAUUGUUUUGAAUGUCCUGACAAUUCACAGAUUGGCCAAUUUAUUUCAGGACAGCUCCCAAGCCAGAUUAAUCUAUGAGAAAAGCAAGACAUGAACGAGGGCAGCUGCUCUGAGGGGUUUAUGGGUCUCACAAAAGAUGUGUAAACCCAGGGCUUUU